AUGUUCAGUGCAGUGGGGAAAUGGAUCUGGGGCUCUCAAAAUGACAAAGACUUUGUGACGAAGUAUACUGCAGAUCUAUCACAAAUAACCUCACAAAUUCAUCAAUUAGAUGUCGCGUUGAAGAAAAGCCAAUCGAUCUUGAAUCAAUGGCAAUCCAACUUAACCUUUUACGGCAUUGCCUUCACGGCAUUGGCUCUGAGCUACGUAUAUUGGGAGUACCAUGGCUUUUGGCCCUACCUCGUAAUUACUACUGUGCUUUGCUUAGGAUCGCUAAUCCUGGUUAAAUGGGCACUAACCAAGCUCUACGCUUUUUACAACAACAACAGAUUACGCAAGUUGGGGAAACUUCGUGCUGUACACCAGAAGAAACUGGAGAAGUUGAAAGAAGAAACCCAUUACAAUGCUACAAGCUCGAUAAUUCAACGGUUUUCAUCCGGUGAAGAUCAAAACGACGACGCUAUGGUACUUCUAGAUGACGAGCUCAACGCUAAAUACCAAGAACUAAACAACCUGAAGGCAGAAUUGGAAAAAUUUAAAAAGGAAAGCCAUAUAGAGGGCUUAAAAAAGGAAGAUAGUGAUGCAUGGUUCGACAAAAUCAUCGGCGCACUGGCAGGCGGUAAUGAAUUGAACUCAACUAACUCGCUGUCUCCCUUCAGAAAAAUCAUAUGUCCACAAUGUCAUCAGAGAUCCGAUUGCUACCGGUUGGCUAAUAAACCAAUUGUCUUUAUCUGCCCUCAUUGUAGUCACAGAACAGACGAAAUAAAGGAAAGAGACGCUGUCAUUGAGGCUAAACAGCCUUUGUUAUUAGAGGAAGAAAAAACAAAGUGA